CGGCGCGUCAAUUGAGCCCUACACCAAGCACCAGCCAUGAACGAUGCACUGCUGGGCACAUUGAACGUCGUCGCCGUAGCUAUAGUCUUCUGGUGCCUCUCCGUGGUCUGCGAGGAGCGCUUCGUGCCCGCGCUCGCGGUGAUAUGCGACGUGCUCAAGAUUCCCGACGAUGUGGCAGGAGCGACGCUCAUGGCGGCCGGCGCGUGUAGCCCCGAGGUCGUGUCCAGUUUCAUCGCGUUGUUCGUCACACACUCGGCGCUAGGAGUGGGCUCCGUCGUCGGCUCCGAGAUAUUCAACCACCUCUGUAUAUGCGCCGGCUCGGUCUUUUACGCCAAGGGCGGCGUCCUGGUACUGGACAAGGCCAUCGUCGCGCGGGAGACCUUGUUCUACGCCAUCGCCCUCGUCCUCCUCUUGUACGUGCUGAUGCGCGAGCACGACGGGGAUAACCACAUAGUGAUCCGCUGGUGGGCCGGUCCGGUGCUCGUCGCCGUAUACGCGCUGUACGUCGUCGUCGCGGCGAAGUACGAUUUCAUAUUGGCGAAGCUCGGGGCCGCGCCAGCGCCGCGCGCCGAGCAGCCGCCGCCGGCGGGCGCCAAGCUCGAGCGGCGGUCGUCGUUGAUCUACGAAGACGAGCCCGCGGCGAACUUCACGACGCCUGCGCAGUCCGAAGAGCUCGACGGCUCGUACGGCAGCGUGUCGAACCCGCUCCACGAGGACGCGGACGAGUCGUUCGGCUCCAGGGAGUCGCUGUCGCACUCACUGCGCCGGCGCCGAACGUCCAUCCUCCGGGCGUUCAACGAGGAGUCGCGCCACCUCAUCGACCGCUUCGGGCUCCUCCGCUUCGCGAGAGACGAGGCCCACUUCGGCGACGUCGAGGACGAGGACGGCACGUUUGGCUGCUACGUCUUCAAGGCAAACCGUUUCUACCUGUCCUGCCGCGCGUCGACGCACGCGUGGGAGCUGCGUUGGCUCCGGGUCUCGCCGGGCGAGGUCUGCCUCUACCGCAAAAAAGACGACGUCGACGCGAAGCCCUUCUGGACGCCGAGCGGGCCGUCGAGGUACGCGUUACGCGGCGUGGCCGUGGCCGACGCGCCGCGGCACGUCCUCGCGCUAGACCUGGCGCCGAUCUACUCGUCGGCCGCCGACGCCCUCGGCUCUUCUUUCGACGACGUGUCGGAGCUCGUCGCGAUGCGCGCCUGGAUGCUCGCGCCGAACGGUGCGGUUUUCGACGCCGCGCUCGAGCGGCUGACGGCCGCGGCCGACGCCGCCUGCCAAGUCGUGCCCCUGCGCCGCCAGGCGUCGGUAUUCGUCGACGGCCACGCGCCGACGGACGAAAUGGAGCCUUCAUUGAUCGAGUGGCCGGAGGACGCGACCUGCCUGGGCUCCUGCCUGCACGUCGCGCUGCUCCCGAUCAAGUGGCUCCUGCACGUGACGAUCACCGACGUACGUACUGAUCCUGGAUUGGCCAAGGACCAGGCGCCGCGCGCGUGCCUCGAGUGCGUCGCGUGGCUCGUCGUCCUCUCGCUCGCCAUGGUCUGGUGCUGCGAGACGCUGGGCGCGCUCCUCGGUCUGCCCGAUUCCGUCGUGGGCCUCACGCUGUCGGCCGUGGGGACGUCGCUCCCGAACCUCUUCGCGUCGAUUAGCGUCGCGCGGCGCGGUCUCGGCAAUAUGGCCGUGUCGAACGCGCUCGGGUCGAACAGCUUCAACAUUUACAUUGGAUUGGGCCUGCCGUGGCUCAUCUACACGGCGGUCAUCGGCCCGUACCACUCGCUCCCGGCCGACGACAUCGUGGGCCCAGUGCUCGUCCUCGUGGUCGCGCUGGUCGGGUUCCUCGUCCUCCUCGCGUGCACGGGCUUCAGGCUUCACCGCGGCCACGGCAUCGUGUUCCUGGCCUUGUAUCUGGCUUUUCUCGUCUGGGCCGUGGCCAAGGAGUACUAGUAUUUAAACCUGUCUUUUAUACAACCCCCCUACUCCUCGGCCUUCUCCGGCACGAAGACGGCGAUCUUGGCCAGCACGGUCACGGUCACGCUGCAC